CAGCGGCGGCAGCGGCGGCGGCGGCAGCAGGCACCCGAUGUCUUCGGCGCCCGAGAAGCAGCAGCCACCGGGCGGCGGCGGCGGGGGAGGCGGCGCGGCCAUGGACCCCGCGUCGUCCGGCCCCUCCAAGGGCAAGAAGACGAACGCGGGCAUCCGGCGCCCGGAGAAGCCGCCCUACUCGUACAUCGCGCUCAUAGUCAUGGCCAUCCAGAGCUCGCCCACCAAGCGCCUGACGCUCAGUGAGAUCUACCAGUUCCUGCAGAGUCGCUUCCCCUUCUUCCGCGGCUCCUACCAGGGCUGGAAGAACUCGGUGCGCCACAACCUCUCGCUCAACGAGUGCUUCAUCAAGUUGCCCAAGGGCCUCGGGCGGCCCGGCAAGGGCCACUACUGGACCAUCGACCCGGCCAGUGAAUUCAUGUUCGAGGAAGGAUCGUUCCGCCGGCGGCCGCGCGGCUUCCGAAGGAAAUGCCAGGCGCUCAAGCCCAUGUACAGCAUGAUGAACGGGCUGGGUUUCAACCACCUCCCGGACACCUACGGCUUCCAAGGCUCGGCCGGUGGCCUCGCGUGCCCACCCAACAGCCUGGCGCUGGAGGGCGGCCUGGGCAUGAUGAACGGCCACCUCCCAGCCAACGUGGACGGCAUGGCCUUGCCCAGCCACUCGGUGCCCCACCUGCCCACCAACAGCGGCCACUCGUACAUGGGCAGCUGCAGCGGCGCGGGGGCCGGGGAGUACCCACACCACGACAGCUCGGUGCCUGCCUCCCCGCUGCUGCCCUCGGCUGCCGGUGGGGUCAUGGAGCCCCACGCCGUCUACUCGGGCUCCGCGGCCGCCUGGCCGCCCUCAGCCUCGGCCACCCUCAACAGCGGCGCCUCCUACAUCAAGCAGCAGCCCCUGUCCCCCUGCAACCCCGCGGCCAACCCCCUGUCCGGCAGCGUCUCCACGCACUCCCUGGAGCCACCAUACCUGCAUCAGAAUAGCCACAGUGGCCCGGCUGAGCUGCAAGGCAUCCCGCGAUAUCACUCACAGUCACCCAGCAUGUGUGACAGAAAGGAGUUCGUCUUCUCUUUCAAUGCCAUGGCGUCCUCGUCCAUGCACUCAGCCGGUGGCGGCUCCUACUACCACCAGCAGGUCACCUACCAAGACAUCAAGCCCUGCGUGAUGUGAGGC